AUGAAAGGCCACGUUUAUUUGAAUGGGCCGAAGUGCAGGCGCAGGAGGCAAUACCUCACCAGCCUAACGUGAGAAUCUUUACUCAAUUAGAUCCGACAAUAUAAUGAUACCACGCACUAUUCUCACUUUUCGUACAUCUGCGUUUGAAAAUUCGCUUAUUUCACUUGACGAUUUUCGUGCCACGUGCUCGCUUACGACUUUUUUCGUUCUCCCACGUAAGGGGGAAGUAGGACAGGAAGAGAAAGCUCUCCAACUGCCCUCCUUUAGUAAUUUUCCACCUCUUUAUUGUGGCUAAAGUGCUGCCCUACUCACUUUUUGGUCGUUAUGGCUUGUCUGCUAGCGAGGGGUUGCCAGGAAACUCCCUGGGUACCCCUUGCUUUGAUUGCAUUUCACGCCUUUACAGAUUUUAAUAAAAAAGCAAGGUGUGUGAAAUGUGGCGUUGAUGAGAGGUUAGUGCACGCUUUGGCCAAGUAAUUCAAUGUAUCUAGCUCUUCCUUGCUUUUGGCACUCAUUUCUCACAAAAGACAGAAAUGCACAACAAUAGUCAGCUGAGUUUAUCAGCAACGGUAUUCCUGAUAGUUGGAGCUUACUCACAGACUUGUUACGGUGGUUUGUGACUACCCAGAUUCACAAGUUGAGGUUUAACAACCGCCGCAGCUCGUGGAUGAGGAUUGAAGUGUCUAGGACUGCCGUUCUCCAUUCUUGAAACAAGGCUGGUUAUGUAGUUUUUGCACCCAAGUACAAGACGUCCGCCUGCAUAGCAGCCGACUAAACUGUGCCAGGUGUAGAUUUUAGUCUUGCUAGUGGUUUUCUACCCUCCGCGUCCUCUCACUGUUUGCUCCUUAGUUUGAGCGAUGCUUUCUUAAGGUUUUAAGAGACUGAUCACCACUUUCCAUAAAAAUCUUCAACCGGAGUCAGCUAGCCCGAAUACAGUUUAGUUGCCGAGUUUAUAUAUGGUUGAGGUAGAAUGGAGCAAAUGAAUAUGGUAGAAACCUGAGGUGGCAAACACAGCCUGAAAUGAAUUAUGGAAGUUUCAUCUGGUUCGCGAAUCUGUCUCAUCAGUCGUUGAAUAAUUGUUCAGCGACUUCUGAAUUACGGAAAACGGUGUACUGAAGACAGCCACUCAGGGAGAGAUGUUUUCUCUUAAAGGUGCAAGAACUGCAGAUACAUUGUACAUGUUAAACUGCGAGUGACUGCAGUCUACAUUCUGUCAAGCAAUGCAAUAUCACAAUUGCUUCUAUUGUGGCUUCAGCAUACUUUUAUGUUGUUACAAGAGCAUCCUGUUCGUCACAGAUGGCUUUUGUUGUGGAUAGGAUUGUGUCAGAAAUUUUGGAGUAUUUCUUUCACUCGUGGAAGUAUUAAUGGCGAGGUAAUAAGAGGUCGUACGGGGCAGUAACGUCUGCCUAAAUAACCUCGUUCUUACUUAUCAAAUUGUACCUCUUAUCAUUCGUAUACAGUAUCUAAGGUAUAUCGUGUUAAGACAACAAAUUAAUACUUGCAUUUCCAGAACACUGUGACGGCAUGUUUCCGAUGGCGGCAAAAAGUGAUAAUUCGUGGGUAUGAUAAAUUUUGUCAUUUGCUCCUGUUAAAAGGUGCGUAGCUGGCAGGAAAUCGAACCGCCGUGCGGUAGGCGGUCGUGGCACAGAUCGGGUGCGCGUUCGCUCAUUGAUCAAAGCCUUCUUGCCUCUUCGGUAACGCUACUUGUCCCACUUCAUGGACUAGUCGAUCACUACUACUUUACUUGUACUUGUGACAGCAUGCAUUGUGAUCAAUUCUGCGGACUCCAAGUUCCAGGUUUUCGUAUUUACUGAUACCUGAUACAGCUGUGAUCAUGCCUGAUCUAGCCGGCCUUGAUGCUGUCACGGACUGUACCUCUCCACGCGGGAUUAUCCGCGGCAGCGGUCUGAGCAGCGAGGGAGUUCGAAUCCCGAAGACCCAGGAGCAGCUUCCAUGCUUGAGGUUCUCCUUACAAACAGAUGACAGCAGAGUCGAGGGACGUUGUGCCAGUUGGCACGAAAGGUGUGCAGGCGGGCACUGCAAGAUCAGUGAUACGCUUUAGGUUGGGUUUCGCAUGUCUUCGAUUUUUCUCACCUACACCGUCGCCAGUUAGAGCCGGGUUUCGGACGAGAUGACAUUCUGAAAGAUAUCGCCCUCAGGUCGACGCAGCGCAAAGCGGAUGCAUCUAGUUUGGCGAGUAAGAACGGCAUUGUUGAAGCUUGUGUUUGGAGAGGUGCAUUCAGAGUAUGAGUGCAAGUAUAAUUCAACGAAUAUGUCCUCGAGGUAGCUAUCUUCUGAGCACGUGGGCCAUGUCUCAUACACUCUCGAAGAAUUGUCUUUAUUGUGGCCGCUUCUAUCCGUAACUGGAGUUUAAGAUUGGUCUCCAGCCGGCUCUUGCGGUUCCUAAUAAUUCGGGCAGAAGUGACGCGCGCCUGGUUGAUUUGAUUGAUUGGAUUCUCGUUCAUCUGGUUUGGCAUAGAUCACCAUCCAAAGCAGCAGAGGUUGCCCAUCAAUCCACGAGCUUUACCGCCUGCCGUGAUCGGGCUGAUAUCUUCGACUCCAAAGUCGGAUGCGAUCAACUUUGCUUUGAAUAAGUUGAUUGUAUAUAUCAGUUUGCCUUCAUGCUUAUUUAAGACAAGAAGUACUAAACUUCUACAAAACAAAUCGGCAGUCCUCGCCAGGUACUUUUAGUUCUUCAGCCGUGCUAUCGUCUUAGAAGUCUACCUGAGCUGUAGACCUCAGUCAGAGGAGGAAGACUGAGCCUGCCGAUCCUCCGGAGUGCCGCGUCUGGCCUGCGUACUAUCACCACAACUUUCUUGUAUUUCCUUGUUGAAAUGAAUAGAUCAGGGAAUGGGCAGUCGCACUACUGUCUUCAGCAUCUGAGACAAUUUCUGGAUUUUGCUUAGUUUUACCCCAGAGUUCGUUGCGCUUAUGACGUGCAGAACGCGUAGUUUCAUUAUGCGCGCCUCCUACUAUUCGAAUCUCCACGAAAGGCGCAUCCUUAUUACCAUAAAUCAGUUAGAUAUUGUCAUCAGAGGUAUAAUCCUUGCGACCACGCCUGUUGCUGUUCACUACUUCCUAGUAGACGCUUUGAGCAAUAUGCCUAGGCCUCCACUGAAGAAGCAUCAGCGGUCAUUGUCAUCUGUGUCAGGGGAACGAGGCGGUUGAAAACAUCCGAACAGGAUCGAUCAGUUGCGUUUUUUCACUGAUCGAGCCUUCUCGUCGUCAUAUUAUCUCCUACGAGAGCGUGGUCAUAGCCAUGUUUACUGGCGUUGUCACCGCGCAUUGUGCAGGAAUCUAGUACUGAACUGACCCAGCGUGCUUGGACAAGUUUACAAUCAAUUUGCCUAGGCACUAGUAUAUUUUGGUCCAUGUAUCGUAGACGCUUACCAUUCUGCUGGAGUCGUAGUAUUGGUGGGUUACUUUUCCAAAUGUACGUCAUGCCGCAUCCCGCAUAGGCGCGAAGUCGACCCAAAUUAACCCAAAGCGAGCCCCUCGAAAACGGAGUUGUUCGUUUCAAAAUUUGCAGUGUGAGUUGUCUGUCCGAUCACGAUAGGCAUCAAAGCUCUUUAAUUAAUGGAAAACUCUGAUACCUGGGGUCGAAAUUUCUGCCAACCAGACAAGGUAAAGAAAAAGUCGAGAGUUAGGUCAACGAAGAAUGUGGGACUCUUUUAAUACCUCCGAAAUCUGUAUACAAUCAGACAGAGGGUCCCGCACGAGGUUUUUUAAUGGCCAGCAUUCCACACGGGUAUGGGACAUGAUACCCGUGCUUACGCGUCCGCUUUCUGGGAGCGUUUGAUCGAUUUCGUUUGUAUUAAUUCCCGAAUUUGUUUUUGUAGUCGUGUCUACGGCACACGAUUGGUCAGGAAUACGCGUGGUCAGCAUCGUCUUCCAUGCUCGUUGCCUCAAAGGGCUCGGCCGUAUACUGCGCCCACCUGAAUUUGAAGUUGUCUUGUUGGCAAUCCGGCCCGAACCUAGCUCCGACUGGCAACUAGCUAGCCGUAGGUCUGGGUGUAAAUAAGGGAAGUGAAUCCGCUUGCACCACGGACCCACAGUCUGCAUGUGUGCCAGUCAAUUGGUAUACCAACUAGGUAAACUCUGAUCGGGGGUGUGCCGAUUACAUUUGGAGGGGGGGGGGGGGAGGAUGACUACAUCUGAUACUGGUAAUCUUCGCUGCAACAGGCUCUAGUGGCAUGUUUUUAACUCAACCUGAACUCACCGUUUCUCGGACUUCGCCUAAUUUACCUUAACUGAGAUUCAGAACCAGCUCACAUCGCCGUCAUCUGUUAGUCCUUAUUUCACACCUUUUUUUCUGCCCGGUAAAACUUGGGAUCCGGCCCUCCACCAGCCGACGCUUGUCUUCCCCUGCAGGUUUUCUUGCACUUGCACAUGAUAGAGCUAUGUUUAUGCGUGAUUUGGCCGGCCCGACAAUGUCAUGGAGCGCAUCUCGUCACGACAAUGACAACGAAUCCGGAGGGCUCGAGUUACUCUUCUAACGCCGAAACCAAUUAUUGACGGUUCAAGAACCACGGGCUUUAAGCUGACCUCUUCAAAAGGUCCAGCUGAGUAGGGCAGCAACACUAGACUCAAGAGGCAAAUAACGAACAAUGUGCCUGAAACACCGAAGUUGUCUUUUGAUGGUUUGGUAUAUCCUUGCGACGUUAUGACAGCGAGCGCAGAUUGUCCCAUUGAAGGUUAAUUUAGUGUACUUCACCUGAAGGAUGGCUCUCCAGCAACGGCGGCGGCGAACCGUCUCGAAUUUUCGCUCGUUACACACGCUCAUGGGCCGACGUUCGCAACCAUUCAGGAGAACUGGCUGGACUGAUGACCGGUACAUGUGGAUCUUUAUGAUAAUUGAGACUUCGUGCUGGAUCCAUAGAUACUGUAUAGAAUUGUGAAAGUGUAGACAGCAUCGAUUCGGGAGACGAUGUUAUCCCUGCUCUAUCCAUGUGACGACAACUUCGCUUCGAAGUAUUUGGAACUGUCCGCUUCUUCAAGCUGACAGUCACUACUCAAAAAAGGUACGCUCUCCUUGUCAGAAAUGCAGAGGAGAACAGCUAUGAUCUUACUAGGGUUUAUGAAAAAGCUUACUGGUUUAGGAACGUCAUUCAUCCGUGCUACUGCAUUCUGUAGGUCACCAUAGCUUCACGCUAGCGGUGCGAUGUCAGCGUAGUCGAGGUCAGUCAACCAGCACUCUGGUAAAAAUAUGGCAGUCUAAACCAUGUAGGACCAUUCUGAUAAUUCAGUCAAGGACUGCUGGACAGGAUUAACGUCAGAAUUCAAUCAUUCCGAACGUCAGACUGAAUAUUAAACGGCUGGUGAAGAUUUUUAUGGGCAGAACUGGUGCAGCAGCGGAGCGAUAACAGGCCUUGAUCCCAACAAUGCAUUUUGCUCACCUGCAUUCUAGCAUCGUUGUCCGAAAUAGGGACUCACGACGAACGGAACCGAAGGCUGUGGUAAAGGCAACGCUGCAGUCGGCUGUCGGUUGCUGGCAGCUGGGGUGAAAUUCUAGAAUUAAUUACGACCAGACUGUCUGGUCAGUGCAUUUGCAUCUCUCUUGGAACCCGGUUUAUUUAUGUCUUAUCCUAAAGUCGCGCUUAAUCCGGCACAACAGCUAGUACAUUUUGCGUCACUUCCGCGGCCUAUACCUUGACAGUUUUAUACUUGUCCGUAUUCCUUAGGAUAGAUGUAAGGAAGACUCAGCCCCAGUCAUCAGGAAUGAGCUGAUCUCAAACCUGCUCGAUGACCUCAUGGAGCCUGUAGAAAUUGGAGUCGAUAUGUAGACCAUCCGAGCUGAGACAUCCAAUCGUGGUUGUCAGCAAUAAAACCGUCAGCUACUCGGUGCUAAGAACCUACGAUAGAAUUUUAGUGUCGUUGACGUUUGAGGCCUUUAUAGAAGUUGACCAACUCUGCCUUUCAUUCUGAAUUUGGAGAAAGGGAUCUUCGUGUGCUACCCAGCCCCAUCUGUCUGGUCAGAGAACCAUGAGUUUAUUGCCCUGUUUAGGCUAUGCGUGUGACGCCGAUGCAACGGCAGCUUUGGUGGAGUACCCGCGUCAGAUUAAUGCCUAAAUAAAUCAGUUCAAUGGAGACGUUAAUAAGAAUUCAUGGAGACAAGGACAGAAAAAAUCCGGAAGCAGAGCUUCAAUGCCUCACUCAAAUGACUCGGUAUGAAUUAGGAGAACUGACAGACCCUUGACCUGGAUCUGCAAGUGUGGGACUUAGCCUCGAAAAGUGGAACCACGAGUCUGGAACUAGACGGAGCACGGGAGGUCAGAGAAAAGGGACAAGAACGCAAGAUCAGAAUACCUGUCUUACGUGUCUUCAUCGCCUAGCUAAGGCGCUACUAGACACCAUAUAGGCAACGCCGAGGAAUAUCACCAGCACUGAACAGCACUCUUUCGCCUCCCCUCAUGUGAACACACAUUCUGGACCACACACAUUCUGGGUAUGGCUGGCUGACGACGGCUAAUAAGCCAGAAAUGGCCAUUCCAGUCUCCCUUGUCUUUGUCGGUAAUACUAUUCUGCCUAUAUAUCAUGCGCCGCUGUGCGGCUGCUGGUUGGGCUCGAGAGAGAGUCCAUAAGGCACAACGGAACGAGUGAGUUCCGUAUGAACGAUCGGUGAGCGCCCCCUAACAUUGGACCAGGAUAGUCUCGGAUGAACGCAUCCGCGUCCACUUCUACGCCGCCGAUGCCACUCCUUGGCCGAUUUUGCCUCCAUAACUCACUACACUGUCUUUAGUGUCAACGCGACUUCAGUCCACCCAACCGGACUAAAAAAUUGAUAAAUCACACUGACCCGCCCAGUCCUGCGGUGCCUGUGGCUCCAAUGUAGGAUGCAAUGGAUGGAGCAUCGACCCACAUACAGUGCUCCAAACUACCGCUGACUGCUUCGCCUUAUAGUUAACGCCAGACUGCGCUUGGUUUAAUAUCCACUUGCGCAUAAUUAGAGGAGGAAAAAGGAUGGGCUCGGUCCUGCUGCGGACUUUUUCACAGUGUACCGCAUCUGUCGCAGUAAAAAUAGUGUCUUGGAAGGCUUCUAACUGGCGGCGUAUCUCGAUUCCCUGGACUGAAGGUCAGGCUGAAAUGACUCCUUCUUAAUGUUGUCUUUUGACAACUAUUGCCGACUGAGAGAAACCUGGUUUCUGUGGAGGCACUUGUACUUACGUGAAACCUAUAGGCUGUAACUACCAUAAAUUACGACGGACAGACUGCCACAGGUAUGACUGGCCGCCUGAGAUGAUGCGUUGUUCUUUACCACCUGUACAUUGCUGACACUAACUCGAGAAUGCACUUGUUUACUCCACAAAGUACAUCAACUAGGAGGUCUAGACGGGGAUUGCAUGUCAACCAUGAUCUGUAUUUUUUUGUCUUUCCUGUCUUGCGCCUCGACACUAUAUCGCUGAAUUUCUGGAUAUUCAGUCAAAUUCGUUGAAUGACAAGUCGGGUGGCACUUUCUUGAGUAGUUUAUUUUUCUGGGUCAAUGAUAGGUUGUGCAACCCCACUAGGCCUAGUACGCACAACUGCCUACUACAUUUGUUUUAGUAGCCCCUGUUUAGUCUAUCCGAUCAUAGCUACAGGGAGUCACCCAUUGAAUUUUACCUAGCACACUGAUAUAACCACAAGCACCAAACUGUUUCAGCAUGACCUUUUUAGUGAUAAAUUAUUUGGCAUGAGGUUACUCCCGGUUUUCAUCCCCCUCUUAGUAGUCCGCCUCUUCCUAAAGAGUAGCUAUACCUUUUUGUGUCAUAACUACUUACAAUGCAACGCGUGUUGUAAGGGCCGUCGGCUUUGUUUUGGUUUACUUUACCUAAGUUAGAGCACAAACACUCGGCUUCCUCGAUAUCUGUCUACAAUUUCUGUUUUCGGACGUGUAUGCCGUAACUUAUUUACUUCUUCUAAAUGACUAGCUGAGUCUUUCAGAUGAGACUUCGUGAUUAUUGAACCCCAGCCGCACUUGUAACUUUUCCUCAGUCUCUAACUUCUCACUUUUUCCCAUUUGCCGUAGCUCGGAUCGUGUGAUAUUUACAACCAUCUCGUGUAAAGUGACUGCUGACCAGCACUGUAGACCGACAGUCAUGAAAGUUGCAGUUGAAUUUGGCGGCGGUGCCGAGCUUCUCUUUGGGAACAAGAAGAAACACGAAGUUGAAAUCCCAACGAGUGUAAGAUCUAUGGGACAGUUCCUUCCGUGGAUCCGGGAUAAUAUGUUGCUGGAGAGGCCCGAACUGUUCAUGCAGGGAAACUCAAUCAGACCAGGCAUUUUGGUUCUCAUCAACGACGCCGAUUGGUGCCUCUUUAAUCAGGAUGAUUAUGAAGUAAAGGACGGCGAUGUUAUUUCCUUCAUAUCAACGCUUCAUGGUGGCUAA